AUGUCUGAGACUUCAAGAACUACAUUGGAGUUUCAUCAGCCGAAGCCUCCCGCAAGUUGGACCAACCCAGGGACACUAACACUCUCGCAUGGGGAGAAAGAGUCGGACGAGGAGAAACAAGCACAUCAUGAUUUGAGUUCAACUGAUACUGUGACGGCCUCAUCACCCCCAUCUUCUGCUUCACCUGCGCCUCCUGCUGCACCUCCUGCUUGGGAUGUCCACGGUAUCAAAUGGGCUUUCGCUGUUGUUGCUAUCCUGUCAAGUGUGUUUCUAUAUGCACUUGAUCAGACAAUUGUCGCAGACGUGCAGCCAAAUAUCAUCUACGACUUUAAUUCGAUUGACAAGCUUCCCUGGCUGUCUGUGGCGUUCCUUCUAGGGUCGGCAAGUACAAAUCUCUUCUGGGGACGUGUAUACGGUCAGUUCAACCCAAAAUGGAUAUACGUGCUAUGUGUCGGUGUCUUUGAGGUCGGGUCUGCCGUCUGCGGCGCGGCGCCCAACAUGGAUUGUCUCAUCGUCGGACGGGCGAUAGCCGGUUUAGGGGGUGGCGGCAUGUAUCUCGGAGUCAUGAUGAUGCUGUCUAUUUUCACCACCCCGACGGAGCGCCCAAAGUAUAUUGGGGUCAUCGGAGCAGUGUUUGGUAUCGGGACGGUACUCGGGCCCGUCAUCGGAGGCGCCUUUGCAGACCAUGAAUCCGCAACGUGGCGAUGGGCCUUCUACAUUAACCUAUGCAUCGGGGGUGCUUUCUCUCCAGCAUAUUUUCUCCUCCUCCCAUCCCGUGACCUUCGUCCAGGGGUGAAGCUUUGGGAGAGGUUGAAGGCCAUUGAUUGGGUGGGCAAUGUAUUCAUGGUUGGGGCCUACAUCUCCCUGCUUAUGGGGAUCUCUUUUGGCGGCGCAACCUUUGCGUGGAACAGCGGUCGCGAGAUCGCACUUUUCUGCGUCUCGGGUGUUCUGUUCAUCAUUUUGGAAGUUCACCAGUUCCUGAUAGGGGCAGCCGCCGGCACUUCAUCCUUUGUGACCAUAUACUUCAUCCCCCUCUAUUUCCAAUUUAUGCAGCAUAGCUCGUCUCUGCUGGCAGGGGUACGGCUGCUGCCCUUCAUUGGCGCCUUAGCCGUCUUCACUCUCCUGAACGGCCAUCUCAUGGUCCGGUGGGGCUAUUGCAUCCCCUGGUAUGCCAUCGGGUCUGCGCUAGUCAUCGCGGCCAACGCCAUGUUAAUGCAUAUCGACCUUUCCACGUCCAACGCCUUCAUCUACGGCGCCAUGGUCAUCAACGGCAUCGGCACAGGAAUGUACCUGAACGCCCCAUUUGCCCUAGCCCAGUUCCUGGUCCCGCCCCAGGAGAUCUUCAACGCCGUUGGCUUCAUCAUGUGUGCGAGAGGUGGAGGGCUUGCCAUUGCAGUAUCUAUUGGCAACUCCAUGUUCCUGAAUCUGGCACAGAACAGGAUCCAAGCACUCUUUCCCUCGAUGAAUCAUACGCAGAUUCAGAGCCUGACCUCCGGGAUUGGGAGUAGCCUUCUAGAAAGCAUGGACGAGUCAGAGCAGCAGCAGGUUUUGGGGGCGAUUGUACGUGCAAUCAGCCGGGUCUUUAUCGAGUCCUUGGUGGCUGGGUGCUUUUGUUUUGUUUUGACUCUGUUUAUGGAGAGGAAGAAGAUCAGGGUUCAUUGA